AAGUGAAAAGUGAAGUGAUCAGCAACUGUUGUCUUCGGUCCUUGCACCAGAGAGUAAGAUCUAGAGAGAGAUAGAAUGAAGUUUCAGAUAGAGGACGUGACGGUGUACUUCCCGUACGAUAACAUAUACCCUGAACAAUACUCAUACAUGGUGGAACUGAAACGAGCCCUAGAUGCCAAAGGCCAUUGUCUUCUCGAGAUGCCUACUGGCACAGGCAAGACCAUCGCACUCCUCUCUCUCAUCACCAGUUACACACUCUCCAAACCCUCCAACCCCCUCAAGCUUCUCUACUGCACUCGCACCGUCCACGAGAUGGAGAAAACCCUAGCCGAACUCCGUCUCCUCCAUCAGUACCAACUCAACCACCUCGGCCCCUCCGCUCGCAUCCUCGCCCUCGGUCUCUCCUCUCGCAAGAACCUCUGCAUCAAUCCCUCCGUCGUCUCCGCCGAGAAUCGCGACUCCGUCGAUGCAGGUUGCCGCCAGCUCACCGCCAGUUGGGUUCGGGCCCUUGCAAUUGAGAACCCUAAUAUUCCGACGUGCUCCUUCUUUGAGAACUAUGAAAAAGCCGCCUCCGAUGCAGUCUUGCCCCCUGGGGUCUACACAUUGCAGGAUUUGAGGGCGUUUGGGAAGGAAAAAGGGUGGUGCCCAUACUUUUUAGCACGGCAUAUGGUGCAGUUUGCAAAUGUGGUUGUUUAUAGUUACCAAUACUUGCUUGAUCCUAAGGUUGCUGGGAUUAUAUCAAAGGAAAUGCAGAGAGAGUCAGUUGUGGUGUUUGAUGAGGCACAUAAUAUUGACAAUGUGUGUAUCGAAGCACUUAGCGUCAGUGUUAGGAUGCAAACCCUUGAAGGGGCGACAAGAAAUCUCAAUAAGAUCGCUCAGGAGAUUGAAAGGUUCAAGGCCACCGAUGCAGGUAGACUGCGGGCUGAAUAUAACCGGCUUGUUGAGGGUUUGGCACAGAGAGGAAACCUACCUUCUACAGACACCUGGCUCUCAAAUCCUGCCUUACCUGACGAUAUUUUAAAGGAAGCAGUGCCUGGUAAUAUACGCAGGGUGGAGCAUUUCCUUGCUGUUUUGCGCAGAUUAGUCCAGUAUCUUAAAGGGCGUCUUCAAGCUGAGAAUGUUGAAAAGGAGGGACCUGUUGCCUUUGUUGCUUCCCUAAACACCCAGGCUGGAAUCGACCAGAAAAUGUUGAAAUUUUUCUACGAUCGUCUGCACUCCCUCAUGUUGACUCUAGAGAUCACAAACACGGAUGAUUUUUUACAUAUCCAAACAAUAUGUGACUUUGCAACUCUCGUGGGAACAUACACUCGGGGUUUCUCAAUUAUAAUUGAACCAUAUGAUGAGAGAAUGCCAAAUAUUCCGGAUCCUGUACUGCAGCUUUGUUGUCACGACGCUUCCCUUGCCAUAAAGCCAGUGUUUGAAAGGUUCCAGUCAGUUGUGAUUACUUCUGGAACUCUAAGCCCAAUUGAACUCUACCCCCGUCUUCUUAAUUUCAAUCCAGUAGUUAGCCGAAGCUUUACGAUGUCUUUAUCAAGGGAUUGCAUAUGCCCAAUGGUCCUCACUCGUGGGAGUGAUCAACUUCCGGUUAGUACAAAACAUGAUCUGAGAAGUGAUGAUGGUGUGGUAAGAAAUUAUGGGAGGCUUUUGCUGGAGAUGGUCUCUGUUGUCCCAGAUGGGGUCGUGUGUUUCUUUGUCAGUUACUCAUACAUGGAUUCAAUCGUCAAUAGGUGGAAUGAAUUGGACAUCUUGAAGGAAAUAAUGCAACAUAAGCUUGUAUUCAUUGAGACUCAGGAUGUGGUGGAGACCACAUUGGCUCUGGACAACUACCGGAAAGCUUGUGAUUGUGGGAGAGGUGCAGUAUUUUUCUCAGUUGCCAGGGGGAAGGUUGCAGAAGGAAUAGAUUUUGAUAGACAUUAUGGCAGGCUUGUUAUCAUGUUUGGUGUUCCUUUUCAGUACACAUUAAGCAGAAUACUGAAUGCGAGGUUGGAAUAUUUACGGGAGACUUUCCAAAUUAAGGAAGGAGACUUUCUUACUUUCGAUGCUUUGAGACAAGCUGCUCAAUGUGUUGGACGAGUGAUCCGUUCGAAGGCAGAUUACGGGAUGAUGAUUUUUGCUGACAAAAGGUACAGUCGCCAUGACAAACGCUCUAAAUUGCCAGGAUGGAUACUGUCAUAUUUACGUGACGCACACCUGAAUUUGAGUACUGACAUGGCUGUGUAUAUAGCACGAGAGUUUUUACGGAAGAUGGCUCAACCGUAUGACAAGAAUGGUGGGAACGGUAUUAAAACUCUAUUGUCACAAGAAGACUUAGAGAAGAUGGGCAAUGGCAAUGUUGAUGAAAUGUUGUUUUAAGAUUUGACUCUUACCUUAUGGCAAUGUCUAUCCGAUGGUUGGUUGAUUUGUUUACCAAUACUUCAUGUUGUCCACAAAAUGGAGUUGAUUGGCCGAAGUAGCUGUUCUCGGCGCACUUGUUUGUUUUAAAAGGAACCAAUACGAGAAGAUUGAAAUUUGCUGGGUGGUGCAUCUCUGGGGAAACUCUUUCAAACAUUUAGUGGUUUUUAUGCUUAAUUGACAAUGUUAUGGCUUCCUAGUGAGAUUGCAAACAUUUUAAAUUUUUUUGUUUAUCUUUUCUGCUCUAUUGACAAUGUUAUGGCUUCAUACUAUGACACUUGUAUCUUUUCUCCUUGGGGACUUGUAUUUUAUUUAUUUAUUUAUUUGCCCUA